CAUUUGAAAUAAUCGAAUUCAUUUGAUUUUGGUGUAUGGAUUGGAAUUUAAGGUUUCCUCAAGGGUGAUGAAGAGGGGGAAUUCAAUAAAAACAAAAAGGUAUACCUUUUUCUGUUUAAAGUUUGAAUCUUAAUUUUCUAUGGAUAUUAGCAAUGAAGCUAGCGUUAAUCGAUUUUUGAUCGGAUCAUCAUCGAUAUUAAGUCGAACAAUUGCUUUUAGAAUAUUAUUGAGUUCAAUUACACAAUUAAACCAGAGAAUUUACUGUAUUUAAUUGAAAACAAGCUCCUAAUGAUGAAUGGUGCCACCUCUAAUCGCUGCUUUGAUGUGCUGAGAUCAGCACUAAGAGGGGAAUGGGAUUCCAUCAUAAGAUUUUAUACCUUGCACCAAAUAUCUAAUAUUGAUAUCGAAGAUGAUAACAACAGCAACGUUCUAGUUAGCAGUCUUUCAGGGGACACCAUUCUUCACAUAUGUGCACUAUGCCGCCGAACCGAUAUUAUGAAACAGCUGUUGAGUAUAAUGCCUGCAGCAAAAAGGUUAUUGUCAGUGACUAAUAGGAAGGGGAAUACAGUGUUACAUGAGGCAGCCAGGACCGGAAUUGUGGAGAUGGCUAAGUUAAUCUUAAAGAAAGAAAUAAACGGAGGAGAUCAAGUGCUGAUAUCAGUUCGGAACUUAAAUGGGGAGACACCUAUAUACUGGGCAGCAAUGUAUGGACAUAGAGAUAUGCUGUUGUUUCUAAAUGCAACUGCUAGUAGCAUAGAAAUGAUCAGAAGCACAUCCACCUCAAUGGCUGAUGACCCUUUAAUAACGAGGACUGAUGGCUCAACAAUUCUUCACGCUGCUGUUCUUGCAGGAUCUUAUGAUGUAGCACUGGAGAUUAUGGAGAUUUACCCAGACCUCGCUUCUAGCAGCAAUGGGGAUGGCGCCAUGGCCUCUCAUAUGUUAGCACUGUCACCUUCUUCUUUUAAGAGUGGAACUGUGUAUUCUCAACAGUACCUUGGGGCCUCAGUAUUUGUUUUGGCCAUAAAGGUUGCAAAUAUUAUAUACACAUGUAUCCCAAUCGAGAGUUAUGGGACACAAAAAACAUUACAACCAGAUUUCUCACUCAAGGAAACAAUCAAGCAUUACUUCAGAUGGUUAUGUAGAGUUUUUAGGCAUUUGCCUGUCAUCAAACUCAUUUACAAUGCAAAACUGAAGCACUCUUAUGCAAUAGAACUCCUGAGGAAAUUACUUGAAAAAGAUUAUGGUCAAUGGACCAUGAGUUAUGACCACCCUCCCUUCGAGUACCAACAUUCGUUGGCAAUAAGAAAAAGGAUAACUAACAAAGUUAGAGAGAGACCAAUUAUCUUGGCAACUAAGUUGGGUAUCAUAGAGAUGGUUAAAGAAAUAAUUGAAGCAUAUCCAGAGUCAAUUGAACUUACCGAUGAAAAAGCUGGAAGAAAUUUGUUGCAUUUAGCGGCGGAAUACAGACAUGAGUCCAUAAUAGAAUUCUUGAAGUCAUCAUCAUCUAAUUCAAAGAGGAACUUGGACAUGUUAGUGGUGGGAAUUGAUAGAGAUGGUAAUACCCCACUGCAUGCUGCUGCCAAUCUUGGAAAACAUAAACCAUGGCACAUUCGUGGAGAUGCGCAAUGGAUGCAGUGGGAGUGUGUUUGGUUUCAGCGUAUAAAACGUCUGCUUCCACAACAUAUGCUAACUAUGAAGAAUUGCAAUAACCAAAAUGCUUCCCAAGUAUUCACUGAAACUCAUCGAGAUCUUAGACAGCAAGGCGAGAGAUGGUUAAAAGAAGGAGCAGGUAAUUGUAUGUUGGUAUCAGCCCUAAUAGCAACUGUGAUGUUUGCGUCGGCCUUCACUGUACCUGGAGGAUAUGACCCACAAUCAGGUCGUCCAGUGUUACUCAAAAACCAAGGUUUUGGACCAUUUCUUCACUACGUAGCUUUGUCCUUGUUCUUCUCUCUUAUAUCAUUGGCUUUUUCUCUGUCUAUCCACGGGCUCCCUUUAACGAACACGACUUCUUUUCCCGAUUGCCUUUAAGGGCCGUGCUGGCUAAAACUGCUUUAUUCAAUUCAGUUACAUUCACAGUUUGUGCGUUCUGUCAAACGUUCAUGCUGCUUAUCACUGGAUGGACAUACCCUCUGAGCUUGCUUAUCUUCGACAUUGGAUUAGCUUCACUAGGGAUUCUCUUCUUUGCUGAAAUAUAAGUGGACAUCAUAGUGUGCUUUGUCAGUUACUCGCUCGACAUUCUUUUCAUUUAGCUGUUAAGUGGCGUUUAAAUACUGAAUGUUUCACAUCUUCAGCUAAUAUUUUUGUACCACUUUUGUAAUUCUUCUUUCCCAUGCUUCUCUUUUACUUUU